GUUAAAAGCGUUCAUAUCAAUUUGUUCAAAAAGAGAAUUAAAAAAAAAGUCUAGGACGAAAAUUUUCGGACAUUUUAUUUCAAUAAUAAUAAAGUUCGUUUUGGUGAAUAUGUAUUUCAAGAUAUUUUUUGAAGGUGGUAGGACAGCCGGCCGAGUGCCGUUGGUAAGAGUCCGCGAUGGAGCAUCGAUUUAUGAUUUGAAGAAGCUACUGGAAAUACGAACCAAAGUUCCAGUGAAGCGUCAGCGAAUGCUAUUAAGCCAUUCAAAACUUUCCGACGACCUUAUGUUAUCGGAUGUUUCAAGGAUGUGUCAGAUAAGCAUGCAGGGCAACGACCCUGCCUGGAUCGAACUGUUUGAUGACACGAAGCCAGUUUGCAAAUUGUGUUACCUCGAAGAUAUCGGCUGCGGGUCCCCGGAGAUGUCGAUGGAGGUAGAUAUGGAUAUGGAUGUUGAGCUUCCCCUAAGCUCUGCAAAUGAGUCUUCUACGAGUUGUUCCAGUCUGGCGGACUGCAACCUUACUCUGCGUGACGAUUGUUCAACGGGGGCUUGCUGCAGCACAACAGAGGGAAGUACCGCGAGCAGCACGGCCAGCACCGAAGACACCUCCAAUGCCUCAAGCAGCGAGGAGGUGGCCAAAGAAAAAAAAAUCCGCGCCCUGCGCAAGAAGUUCUGCUGUCCCCCCUUGGAGGUCGAGGAGGACCAGAAAUGUCGGGACAAAUGUGAAAUUCAUUGCUGCAAAAGCUACGGUCGUCCACCCUAUGCAAAUGUUCUCCCGGAAGACCGUAGAUAUGCGGUCAUUAUUGUGAAUGAGGAAGACCCAUGUAACUGUGACUUCAAGUGCAUUUUGAUUUUCCUAGCGGAACAGUUCCAGUUCUCAGAAGAUCCAAACGCCCUGAUUUUCAGCCAAUGUAUGCCUGCCGUGAUAUUCGAUUGCGCCCUUAUGAUAGUUUGUGAUGGUUCCGACACUCAAGAAUGGCUCUUACGUACUGCCCGGCCCAUGUGUCCUCCCUUUAAAUGUCAGUCGUUCUUAAGACACUUUGAGUUGACAAGAUGCUCAUUUGUCCUUCCGUUGAUAGUGAAGCGGACACUGUGUCGCAUGUUUAGAAUAAUUGAAAAUCAGAAUUGUGGGCUCGACACCAGCAAGUGGUGUGUCAUGUCUCAGGUCACCCUCGAUCCCUGUUCAAAGGAGUACGACAGAAAAGUAGUAUAUCGCGGCUGUCAGAACGUCGAGAUCACAGUCUACAUUGAUGACGAAAGCGUCGCUUUCCUCGCAAAGCAAUGCAACAAGCUGAAAUACAUGCUGUGGCACCUUCCUGUCGACUUCUGCACCCUAGCGGAGUGCAUGUAAAUCCCAAAAAGCGUCUGUAAAAUUAGCUCCACAUUGUUAUUUGUUAUGGUUUUGUUAUAUGGUAUAUGUGAUGAUAUUUUACCCAAUUUUUGUAACUCAUUUUUACACACCGCAACAUGGAUAUUUGGAUAUAUCUAAAAUAAACACAACACACUACA